UUUACACCCCGCCUGGGCGGCUUCGCUGCUCGGAACUUGACAGGAUGGGGCUUCCUGAGGAGCGUGGCCGGAGCGGCGGCGCCAGUGGGGCCCGAGUGGAGGCUACAGCCCGGAACCCGGCGCGGAGUUGGUCUCCACCGCCCGAGAUCAGUCGUCUCGCGCACGUCUCCACGCUGCAGCGCUACCGGGAGCUGCACCGGCGCUCUGUGGAGGAGCCGCGGGAGUUUUGGGGAGAAAUUGCCAAGGAAUUUUACUGGAAGACCCCAUGCUCUGGUCCAUUCCUCCAGUACAACUUUGAUGUGACUAAAGGGAAAAUCUUCAUAGAGUGGAUGAAAGGAGCAACUACCAACAUCUGCUACAAUAUACUGGAUCGAAAUGUCCACGAGAAAAAACUUGGAGAUAAAGUUGCUUUCUACUGGGAAGGCAAUGAACCAGAGGAGACUGCCAAGAUCACAUACCAGGAGCUUCUGGUCCAAGUCUGUCGGUUCAGCAAUGUUCUCCGAAAACAGGGAAUUCGGAAGGGUGACCGAGUUGCCAUCUACAUGCCCAUGAUCCCAGAGCUUGUGGUGGCCAUGCUGGCAUGUGCCCGCCUUGGGGCUCUGCACUCCAUCGUGUUUGCAGGCUUCUCUGCAGAGUCUCUGUGUGAACGGAUCCUGGAUUCCAGCUGCAGCCUUCUUAUUACUACAGAUGCCUUCUACAGGGGUGAAAAGCUUGUGAACCUGAAGGAUCUGGUUGAUGAGGCCCUGGAGAAGUGUCAGGAAAAGGAUUUCCCAGUGAGAUGCUGCAUUGUGGUUAAGCACCUUGGGCGUGCUGAGCUGGGCUCAGGUGACCCUCCCAGUCAGUCCCCCCCAGUUAAGAGGCCAUGCCCAGACGUGCAGAUCUCCUGGAACAAGGGGGUAGACCUGUGGUGGCAUGAACUCAUGAAAGAGGCAGAGGAUGAGUGUGAGCCUGAAUGGUGUGAUGCUGAGGACCCACUCUUCAUCCUGUACACCAGUGGCUCCACAGGGAAACCCAAGGGUGUGGUACACACGGUUGGGGGCUACAUGCUCUAUGUGGCCACAACCUUCAAGUACGUGUUUGAUUUCCACGCGGAGGAUGUGUUCUGGUGCACAGCAGACAUUGGAUGGAUCACUGGGCAUUCCUACGUCACCUAUGGACCAAUGGCCAAUGGUGCUACAAGUGUUUUGUUUGAAGGGAUCCCCACAUACCCAGACGUGAGUCGCCUGUGGAGCAUCGUGGACAAGUACAAGGUGACCAAGUUCUACACAGCACCCACGGCUAUCCGCAUGCUCAUGAAGUUUGGAGACGAGCCUGUCACCAAGCACAGCCGGGCAUCCUUACAGGUGCUAGGCACAGUAGGUGAACCCAUCAACCCCGAGGCCUGGCUGUGGUACCACCGGGUAGUAGGUGCCCAGCGCUGCCCCAUCGUGGACACCUUCUGGCAGACAGAAACAGGUGGCCAUAUGCUAACUCCCCUCCCUGGUGCCACACCCAUGAAGCCUGGUUCUGCUACCUUCCCAUUUUUUGGUGUAGCUCCUGCAAUCCUGAAUGAAUCUGGGGAAGAGUUGGAAGGUGAAGCUGAAGGUUAUCUGGUAUUCAAGCAACCCUGGCCAGGGAUCAUGCGCACAGUCUACAGAAACCAUGAACGCUUUGAGGCCACUUACUUUAAGAAGUUCCCUGGGUACUACGUGACAGGAGAUGGCUGCCGGCGGGACCAGGAUGGCUAUUACUGGAUCACUGGCAGGAUUGAUGACAUGCUGAAUGUAUCUGGGCACCUGUUGAGCACGGCCGAGGUGGAGUCGGCACUAGUGGAACAUGAUGCUGUUGCUGAAGCAGCCGUGGUCGGCCACCCACAUCCUGUAAAGGGAGAAUGUCUCUACUGCUUUGUCACCCUCUGCGAUGGCCACGUCUUCAACACCACCCUCACCGAGGAGCUAAGGAAACAGAUUAGAGAAAAGAUUGGCCCCAUUGCCACACCAGAUUACAUCCAGAAUGCACCUGGCUUGCCUAAAACACGCUCAGGGAAAAUCAUGAGGAGGGUGCUUCGGAAGAUCGCACAGAAUGACCACAACCUGGGGGACACAUCUACUGUGGCUGACCCAUCCGUCAUCAGCCAGCUUUUCAGCCACCGUUGCCUGACCAGCCAGUGAACAAGACCCUGCCCUUUACCCAGGAUUUCUCCUGCUUGGCUCCAAAUUUAGCCCAUUCUCCUUGCCCCAUCCCAGAGCACUGAGGGCCAGUGCUGACCCAUAUCAUCUCCCUGGACCAGAUGACUAAGACCGAGGACCAGCUUUGCCCCUGGGUGGAAGCAACUUCCUGUGCCAGGCAGAUGGGAUAGGGCCCAAGUCAGCCUUAGGUUGCUGUGCCCCCAGGCUGCAAGGAGCCCUUGGAGCUCAGAACAGGGACCUGAAGGUCACAUCCCCAACCUCAGAUGAAGGUUCAGAGGGCAAGUGAGAGCUGAGCUGAAGUCAGAAAGUAGUCCUAAUCCUACAUCAGCUUUCUCAGGAAGCACUAGUACUUAUCUUGGGCAUGCACUUGCCCUUAGAAAUGCCUGUUUAUGAGUCCUGGAAUAACUAUUUUUUUUUAACACUUUGCUGCUUUUGUUCUGGGUCUGAAUUCUCCUUUGUGCCAGAUGGCAGUGCUGUCUGCCCAUGUGCUCUAGGGGCUGUGCGGGCAGGCUCAGUCUCCAGAGGGUUUUCAGAUCAUCUGCUUCUUUGCAGUAGAUGUGAUUUGUUGCUAAGGCCAGAGGAGCUUAUUUUCCUUGUCCUCCACACCCACCCUCCCCUUAAUGGAGCCCUGCCCAUGAGACACUCUCAGAUGAUACUCUUUGCUUGUCCUGGUCAUGUUCAGAGCCUGUGUUGUAGGAAUAAAGUCUGUGA